AUGACAGGUUAUGGAAAGGAUGGAACCCCCAAAUCCAAGCUCCAAGACGACAACUUUCACUCAACUUUCUCCAUAGCUCGCGACGUCGAUGGGGAAAACGAUUGUCCUAUCGAGGAAGUCCGGCUGACGGUUCCGAUCACCGACGAUCCAUCGGAGGCGGCAUUGACGUUCAGAACAUGGGUUUUGGGGCUGCUUUCGUGCGUGCUUCUGGCAUUUGUGAACCAGUUCUUCGGCUACCGCCAAAACCAGCUCUACAUUUCCUCUGUCUCAGCUCAGAUUGUUUCUCUUCCUCUUGGAAGGCUGAUGGCUGCAACUCUCCCUAAAAACACAAUCUCCAUUCCCUUCACAAACUGCGCCUUCUCUUUGAAUCCUGGCCCCUUCUCCUUGAAAGAACAUGUUCUCAUCACCAUUUUCGCCAAUUGCGGAUCCAGCAGUGUUUAUGCUGUAAACAUUGUCACCAUUGUCAAAGCUUUUUACCAUAGAAGUCUCCAUCCUAUUGCUGCUUUGAUGCUCUCAAUGACUACUCAGAUGCUUGGAUAUGGAUGGGCUGGAAUAUUCAGAAAAUUCCUUGUGGAUUCUCCAUACAUGUGGUGGCCUGCAAAUUUGGUUCAAGUUUCUCUCUUCAGGGCAUUGCAUGAGAAAGAGAAGAGGCCAAGGGGCGGACACACGAGGCUGCAAUUCUUCCUCCUUAUUUUCAUCUCAAGCUUUGCUUAUUACAUUGUUCCCAGCUAUCUGUUCCCCUCCAUAUCUUGUAUCUCUAUUGCCUGCUUUAUUUGGAAGAACUCCAUCACUGCCCAACAGAUCGGUUCGGGGUUCUAUGGGCUCGGCAUCGGCUCGUUCGGGUUCGACUGGUCCACAGUUGCUGGGUUCUUGGGCAGUCCACUGGCCACGCCUGGCUUUGCCAUUAUCAACGUCUUAGUUGGGUUUUUCAUCAUUGUCUAUGUUAUGCUCCCCAUCACCUACUGGUCUAAUGCCUACGAAGCAAAGCGUUUUCCGUUUAUCUCGUCGCACACUUUCGACUCCUUAGGCAACACCUACAACAUAUCCCGAGUCCUUAAUAGCAAAACUUUCGAUCUCGACCAAGACGGUUACAAUAACUAUAGCAAACUAUACUUGAGUUGCUUCUUUGCCUUUUCUUAUGGGCUGAGCUUUGCAACUUUGACAGCAACAAUUUCACAUGUUGCUCUCUUCCAUGGAAAAACGAUCUCGGACUUGUGGAAGAAGACGACGAUGAAUCAGCAAGGAGAUGUGCAUACAAGGAUAAUGAAGAGGAACUACAAAGAAGUGCCUCAAUGGUGGUUCUACUCUAUCUUAAUUUUAAUGGUUGCUCUUGCCUUGUUGGCCUGUGAAGGAUUUGGCAAACAGCUUCAGCUGCCUUGGUGGGGAAUUUUACUUGCUUGUGCAAUUGCACUCUUCUUCACCUUGCCCAUUGGAAUCAUUCAAGCCACAACUAAUAUGCAACCAGGAUUGAAUGUUAUAACAGAGUUGAUUAUAGGGUAUAUUUACCCAGGGAGGCCCCUUGCAAAUGUGGCUUUCAAGACUUAUGGUUAUAUCAGCAUGGCACAAGCACUCAGCUUUGUUGGUGAUUUCAAACUAGGACACUACAUGAAGAUCCCACCCAGAGCCAUGUUCACAGUCCAACUCGUAGGAACGGUGGUAGCUUCGAGUGUAUACUUCAGCACUGCGUGGUGGUUGCUAACAACCGUACCAAACAUCUGCGACACGACUCUGUUGCCAGAAGGAAGUCCGUGGACAUGUCCCGGCGACGACGUGUUCUACAAUGCAUCGAUCAUAUGGGGAGUGAUUGGGCCGAUGCGAAUGUUCACCAAGUACGGAAUCUACCCAGAAAUGAACUGGUUUUUCCUCAUUGGGCUGCUCGCUCCGGUGCCGGGGUGGCUUCUAUCCCUCAAGUUCCCUGACAAGGAGUGGCCCAAGUUGAUAAACAUGCCCAUCAUAAUAGGAGCAACAUCAGGGAUGCCACCAGCAAGAUCAGUGAACUACAUAACAUGGGGAGUAGUGGGGAUCUUCUUCAACUUCUAUGUGUACAAGAGGUUCAAGGGAUGGUGGGCAAGGCACAACUACAUUUUAUCAGCUGCUUUGGAUGCUGGUGUUGCAUUUUUGGGAAUUGUAAUCUAUUUCACAUUGCAAUCAAGGGACAUAUUUGGGCCAGAAUGGUGGGGUUUGCCCAAUGAUGACCAUUGCAAAUUGGCCAAGUGCCCUACAGCUCCAGGGGUGGUGGCCAAGGGAUGCCCACUUCUCUAGCCCUUCCCUUCCAUCAUCAACCUUAAAAGCUUCAAAGUAACAUCAAAACUUGUUUGUACAGUUUGAUCUGGAUUUAAUUUCUCUAUUUGUUUUCAUGGCAAAUAAGGUUCUUUUGUUGAUUAACCUUCAAACUUCUGACUUUCC